AUGAUCGAACCUGUUGCAACUAAAAUACUCAUAGGAAUCACAUUAGAUCAAGAACAGAGCAUGGAUCUUCUGUCUUCAGCAAUUUGUAAUUUGGCUCGUCCGAAUGACACUAUUGUGGCUUUGCAUGUUCUUGUGGCCAAGAGGAGGAAGAAACACAAAGACAUAAGUAAGAAAGAAGAGGGCAUAGAGAAAUCAGUCGGCAGAUAUCAAAUGCGAAUUCGGAAAGCAAAAUCUUUUGUUAUAUCUGUCAUGGGAGAAUUCGCCAACAUAUGCCGUGCCAAACAAGUGAAGUUGGAGGCAAGAGUUGGGUUUAAUUCUAGUGUUGGGAAAGGACUUAUUGAAGAAGCAAAAACCAUAUCUCCUAAGUAUCUUCUGAUCGGAAGUAAAAGCAACGAAUCAAACCAGAUCCAUCAAGCAGAAAAGUACUGCCUUCAUCAUCAUCCAAAGUCGUGUACGUUAGUUUUGGUUCGAAAAUCUGAUGUCCCACAACAAGAUUUUCAGUCUGGCAAUGUCAACGUAGAAGAUUUGUCAAGAAAGAAGAGCGUGCAACGUUCACCUAGAAACGUGUUGGAUUUAUCUGAAGGAGACUAUCAUAGCACAGAAGAAGAUAGUUCUAGCUUUGAAGGAUCAAGCAUAACAGAAUCCCCACGACCUCAGUUGGCUCCUGAGUUAAAAGGACAAUUUUCUUUUAGAAAACAUAUAUCUUCGUUAAAACGCAUUUCAUCUUUCUUACGCUACCCACUUGAGAAUGACACUAAGAAACCCAACGGGAAGCUUCCAAUCAAAGAACAGCCCCCUCCUUUGUUGAAGUGCUUUAGUUAUGUAGAGCUUGCCAAUGCCACAAAUAACUUCCACCAAGAUAAUAUUGUGGGUAUAGGAGGAUACUCAGAGGUAUACAAAGGUGACUUACAAAAUGGACAAGUCAUUGCAGUGAAAAAGCUAGCUAAGGACAACAAAGAUCAAAAUAAGGAGAAAGAGUUCCUAAUGGAAUUGGGAAUUCUUGGACAUAUUCACCAUCCUAAUACUGCAAGCUUGGUCGGCUGUUGUGUAGAAAAUGGACUUUAUCUCAUCUUUAACUACUACCCUAAUGGAACUCUCUCCUCAGCAUUACAUGGAAAAACAAAAAAGCAUAUAAAGUGGCCAGAAAGAUACAAAAUAGCUCUUGGAAUUGCUAGAGAUCUAGACUUUGAACCCCAGAUUUCAGACUUUGGUCUUGCGAAAUGGCUUCCAACCAAUUGGACACAACAUGCUGUAAUUCCUAUUGAAGGGACUUUCGGAUAUUUAGCACCAGAGUACUUUAUGCAUGGGAUUGUUGAUGAGAAAACAGAUGUUUUUGCUUUUGGAGUUCUUCUUUUGGAGAUCAUAACGGGGCGUAUGCCUGUGAAUUCAGACAAACAAAACCUUGUAUUGUGGGCCAAACCACUUAUGGACUCUAGAGACAUCCAUGGACUAGUUGACCCUGAUCUGGAAGGUGCAUAUGAACUUGAUGAAGUGUACAGACUAGUACUCGCAUCUUCAUAUUGUGUACAACAAUCUUCUGAUGCGCGACCUUCCAUGACUGAGGUGUUAGAAGUUUUACAAUAUGGAGAUGACUCAAAUUUCACAAAGAGUUGGAGAAUACCAAAAUAUACACAAGAGGGGAAUGAAAUGGAUGAUUACUCCAUGAUUUUUGGGUACGAUGUUCCACAAGAUAUUUGUCUAGAUGAGAUGUAG